AUGGACAGUUUGAAGAUGGAAGACGAUAAAGUUAAUAUGGCACUUGAUGACAUUAUUAAGCUCAAUAAAAGAAAGCGAGGUGGCCAGUCAAGUGGCAGAAACAAUGAUCGUGCGAGACAGGUCAAAGGCCGCACGUUUCUGGGCAAUCGCGGAAGAGGUGGUCUUGCGCAGCGUCGAGGUGCUCGCUCUAACGUUGUUCAGAGACGAGGUGCUCGCUCGGAGCUGGCACAACGUCGAGGUGCUCGCUCCGAUGGCGCAAGCGUAUCAGCCGUGAAUAAUGCUGCUACGAGGCGUUUUGUGAAGAAUCUCGUCAAUAAGACGCUACGGAAGAUGCGAGCUAAAGCAGCAACUGCAGCGGGCGUCGUGAACCGCCAAGCAGUUCGUGCAGAUGGAGCUCUCGCCAGGGUCAAUGUUAGAUCACGCGGGAUUCGUAAGAGGGUUGUGGAAGUUCCUCGUGUAAUCGUGAGAAGGCCGAGAAUCCGUGCUGCUGUACAGCGCGAAGUUGUAGAGGAAGAACCGGAGCCAGUGGUAUACCAGACAGUUCGCGUAGUCAAGCGUGAAGCUCGACCUGCCGUUCGACCUGUGGCUGUUGUCCGUGCACGCCCGGUGAGGCCUGUCUAUCGUAGACAAGACCAGCGUAAUGUACAAAAUCAACGAAAUGGUCGUGCGCAGAUGUUGCCCGUGCGUCGGUUUGUGCAACAGCCAUCUGCACAGUUGGCAGCUCCUCGUCAGCGAAACCGGAUUUUCGUCCAACCGCCUGCCCGAGCCAGCGGAGGGUUUGUGAGACGUGAGCAAGUUUUUGCAAAUGGUGGUGGACGUCAGAAUCGGCGAGCGAACGUGAUAUAUGUGAACGAAGCAAUGAGCUCUCGAGUUCAGCCUUCAGCUAGAAGUGGAGUGCGUUUCGUUAAUAAGAGGCCUGCUCGUCAGUUCGUGUCAUACGAUGAUGAUGAUCUUGAGGAUUUUGACCGCUAUCCAUCUACCAGUUUCCAAGUGAGCCGCAGAAAGCGAAAAGGACGUGGAUUCACUACUGAGUAUGACUACUGA